GGAAGGUCUCUGGAGCCGUUUCUGGGACCGGCUCAUUUCGAGUGGAAGAAAGAGGGCACCAUGUACCACCUGCAUAGGGGCUUUGUUUACCCACUGGGCCCCAUUGCCUGCCCGUCACUGGUCCACGCCACGCAGCUUCUACCACACGCAUCAGAGCCUCUACACUUGCUGGCUGGGCCCACGCCUCAGGUGUCACCUUUCGGCCACGUCACCGCGACUGAUCGCUUGGCAGAGGUUUUGCUGGAACACCAUUACGGGCUGCCCCAGAAACAGAGGAGGAACCGAACGGCGUUCACCGAGCAGCAGCUGGAAGCUCUGGAGAGCACCUUUGAACGAACCCACUACCCAGACGUGGGCACCAGGGAACACCUGGCUGUGUGUGCCAACCUUCCAGAGGCCCGGAUCCAGGUGUGGUUCAAAAACCGGCGUGCGAAAUUCCGCAAGGGCCAGCUCGGGCCGCUGAAGAAACCCUGCAGAUCUGAAGCCACCAGGAGAGGCGGAGAAGGUGACAAUGCAAGAGAAAAGUUCCCUUUGGGGGCCGCCGGCAUCGGACCUGCAUCAAAGAGCACAGCACUGCCAAGGGAAUGGUGGGUCAUGACGGUGGCAAAGAGGGGCACGGAAAACCCCACAUGGUGUGUCUCGGGAUGUGCUUCCGGAGUGCCUGAGAUUUGCCCCCUUGAAGUCAUGUGGCCACAAAGAGAAAGCGACAGGCUAGAACUGGCACUUGGUUGUAGCCCAACGGUAUGGUGAGCAGACGUCCCGCUUUUGGCGGGACAGUCCCGCCUUAAAACAAUUUGUCCCGCAUCCCGCGGUUUUUUUUGAACCGUCCCGAUUUUUG